AUGCAGUUCAGACUUCUUAUCGCAUCUGCCCUCUUCGCUGCCUCUGCUUCCGCCAUCACUGGUAAGCUUGGGGAUGCAGCCGUCAUCACUGACAACCCAGCCGGCGCAAGGUAACCAACUCGCUCCCACCACGCAACCAAUUCCACCAAUGGCUAACCUCUUCUCUCCCCUCCCAUCUAGCUAUAUUGCCACCUUCCCCACCAACGGCACCGUCACCGGUUCCGCCAAAUUCUCCAGCACCAGCAACGGUACUGGUGUCGAGGUCUCCCUCGACUUGAAGGGCUUCAAGGGAGCCACCGGCCCCUUUGCCUACCACAUUCACGACCAGCCCGUCCCCGCCAGCGGAAACUGCAACGGUACUUUGGCCCAUUUGGACCCCUACCAGCGUGGACAGGUAGACCCUUGUGACCCCAAGUACCCCGCCACCUGUGAGGUCGGCGACCUGGCGGGAAAGCAUGGCAAGAUCCCCAACUCCAAUGGCUCAAUGCUGGAGGUCUACCUCGUCUUUGUCGACAACUACAUUUCCACCAAGCAGGGGAUCGGUGCCUUCAUCGGUAACCGCUCCAUUGUCGUUCACAACAGCGCCGGCGGUCGCAUUGCCUGUGCAAAUCUCACCACUGCCGGUGCCAGGAGUCCUGUCGCGCCGUCGCCCACCUCAGGUCCCAUAUCGCCGUCUUCUGGCGCUUCGGCCGUCACCGUUUCGGGACUCCUCGGACUCGCGGCCUUUGUGGUUGCUGCCCUUGCUUUGUAG